CAGAUAUUACAUCCUGCUAUGAGAACCAACACAAUGGCUUUAUUCCCAGUGGUGUUGUUUCUGGUUACUGUGCUGCUUCCAUCUUUACCCACUGAAGGAAAGGAUCCAGCUUUUACUGCUUUGUUAACCACCCAAACACAAGUGCAAAAGGAGAUUGUAAACAAACACAAUGAGCUAAGGAAAGCAGUCUCUCCCUCUGCCAGCAACAUGCUGAAGAUGGAAUGGAGCAGAGAAGCAACAGUAAAUGCUCAAAAGUGGGCAAAUAAGUGCACUUUAGAGCACAGUGACCCAGAGGACCGAAAAACCAGUACAAAAUGUGGUGAGAAUCUCUACAUGUCUAGUGACCCUACUUCCUGGUCAGAUGCAAUCCAAAACUGGUUUGAUGAGAGCCAAUAUUUUACCUAUGGUGUAGGACCAAAGAGUCCCCAUGCAAUUGUUGGACAUUAUACUCAGCUUGUUUGGUACUCAUCUUACCGUGUUGGAUGUGGAAUUGCCUUCUGUCCCAAUCAAGAUAACCUCAGAUAUUACUACGUUUGCCAAUAUUGCCCUGCAGGGAAUAAUGUGAAUAGAAAGAAUACUCCUUACCAACAAGGAAUACCUUGUGCCAGUUGCCCUGGUCACUGUGAGAACGGCCUUUGUACCAAUAGCUGCGAGUUUGAAGAUCUCCUUAGUAACUGUGGCUCCUUGAAGAAUACAGCUGGCUGUGAACAUGAAUUACUCAAGGAGAAAUGCAAAGCUACUUGCUUAUGUGAAGACAAAAUUUACUAA